CUAAGUAGAUGGUACCGUCCGGCCUCGGGUCAAAGUUCAUAAGAAGUGUGCAGUGCGUGUUCCGCUCGUGCCGGGUUUUUAAUCUGUGUGUUUUGGAGCAGGUGGUCAUUUUAUCUCCGUCAGAAAGAUGGCCUCAGAUUCAGGCUACGGCCAGCCUGGCGCUCAACAAAGCUACGGCUCUUUAGCUGGGUCCCAGGGCUAUCAAGCUGGACAGCAGGGUAAUGGCAGCAGCUCUUACGCUGGACAGAGUUACGCUGCUUAUGGACAGACUGGAGGAGAGAGCUACGGCCAGUCGUCUCAGGGCUACUCUUCUGGUGGCGUUGAAGGCUAUGGACAGCAGGUGUCCGAAUCCUCGUCCAGUUAUGGUGAUAAGUCGUAUGGGCAGCAGCGAUCUUACGGACAGCCGUCAGGAGGAGGUGCUGGUGGGGCAGCGUCAGGCCAGUCCGGUGGCUCAUACGGGGGGUCUCAAGGUGGAUAUGUGCGACGCGGUGAUGGUGAUACCCGGAGGCAUGGUGAUGACAGUGGCUCGGACAGGUCGGAGGGUUACAGGGGCAGAGGUCGUGGGGGUUAUGACAGCGGAGGCUAUGACCGAGGUGGCCGGGGCGGCCCACCCUCCGGUAUGGGUGGUGGUGACCGUGGUGGCUACAAAAAUUACGGUGGACCCAGAGAGUACGGUCAAAAGGAUGAUGGAGAUGGCGAUCAGGAUAACUCGGACAAUAAUACCAUCUUUGUCCAAGGGCUCAGUGAAGACGUCUCCCCUGAGGAAGUGGGCGACUACUUCAAACAAAUUGGAAUCAUUAAGGUCAAUAAGAAGACUGGCAAACCUAUGAUCAAUCUGUACUCUGAUAAAGCCACCGGACGACUGAAGGGUGAAGCCACAGUGUCGUUUGAUGAUCCUCCCUCAGCCAAAGCUGCCAUUGACUGGUUUGAUGGGAAAGAAUUUAAAGGAAAACCCCUCAAGGUGUCGUUUGCUACCAGAAGAGCCGAGUUCACCCAGAGAGGAGGAGGAGGAGGAGGGGGAGGGGGACGAGGACGUGGUGGUGGUGGUGGUGGCGGUUUUCGAGGCAGAGGUGGCUUUGGUGGAGGUCCCUCGUUUGACGUCAAGGGUGGAGACUGGCCUUGUCCCAACAGCUCUUGUGGCAACAUGAACUUUGCCAGAAGAUACGAGUGCAACAGGUGUGGAACAUCAAAACCAGAAGGCGAUAGUCAUGGAGAUGAUCGUGGCGGUCGAGGCGGGUACGGAGGAGACCGCGGGGACCGCGGCGGCUUCAGAGGCGGCAGAGGAGGCUUCCGGGGUGGAGACCGUGGAGGAUACAAGAUGGGUGGAAGGGGAGACCACAGAGAGGAGAGACGAGGCCGGCCGUACUGAAGCCUUCACGUGGAUGCCAUUCCAGACCUGUUUGUUGUGGGCUGGGGAUGAGAGGGUAGGGUUCAGGGAGAGGUUUGUGUCUGCAAUCCUUUCUGUUGCAUGAGUGUCCUGCAUAUACUGUCUGAAAUGAGCAGUUUUCCCCAUAAAUGUUGAAUCUACUGUGAGGGGCUGAGUGAAGGGAACGGGAUGAAUUUGGUCUCUGCCACUUUGUACAACUUCAGUCCUGUAAGGAAACGGCAGAGCUGGCCACAGAUCAGCUUUAAAGGGUUAUUUUGCUCUGGGGGGAGGGGCCAGAUGUUAUUUUUGUUACUUUUUAAUUUCCUGACUUGUUGAAUUCGGCGUUUAGUGUGUGUGAUAGAUUUGUGAAAUGCUUAUUGUUUUGUAAAAAUCAAUCCACAAAAACUGUUUUACUUGUUUCUCUUUGUUUUUG